AUGUCUGCGACGCCUCGCAAGCCCAGUAUUCCGGGCAGUGCCACCAAGUCCUCGACGACAGAAAACCCGACAGUCAAUGGAACCCCCCCACGAACUCAUUCCCGCUCCCCCAGCACGGCAACAAAUGGAUUUACUCGCUCUCCGUCCCUCCGCUCGUCUACGCCCGUCUCUGCGCGCGCUGCAGCCCGGAAGCCAGGUCGCUCCAACCUAAGCACAUCGAGUGCUCCCAAGGCCGCGCCCAAUCCGUCCGACGAGGAGGCACGAGCCCAGAAUGCCGCUCUUAUCGACGACCUGAAGGAACAGCUGCAGAAAGCCGAAACCGCCUCCGAACAAUUUCGCAAGCAAUUGGGUGUUCUCCAAAUGCGACUUGAUGAGGCGGUCAGCGAGCAAGGCAAAUUGGAGGACCAGGCGCAUGAGAAGGACAGCAAACUUGAAGCACUCAAUGGCGAGAUACGAGACCAUGUGCGCCAGAUUCGCGAUUUGGAGCAGGCUCAUGAACAGGAGCGGAAUGCCAUGCUGCAGGAGAAGGAGCAGCAAGCGAGCCGGGAAGAGGAAAUGCAGGCAACUAUUCAGCGCCUGAAGGAGUCGUUGGCUCAGAAGGAGCGAAUCAACUCCGAUGCAGACAAGAACAUGUCUCGCUCAUCUAGUUUCCGUAACCGAUCAUCCCCCGACGUGGAUGGACAAUUUGCGCCUUCUUCUCAGAUUGAGCGGAGCCCCUCACGAAACAACUCGAAUCUACUUCUGCAGAAGGAUAAGCUGAUUGAGUCUCUCAGACUCGAACUGGCCGAGUCCCAGAUUAAGCUUGUGGAGAUGGAGAACCAAGGGGGCGGCCGUCAGCGGGAGCUCGAGAAGGAGCUCCUGGAAGCUCGCAUGGCCAACGCCCGUCUGAUGGAGGACAAUGAGAGUUACCAAUUGCUUCUGAGUGAGCGAACCUUGAAUGGCGAUUUUACCAAGGGUGAUUUCAUGCGUGAGGUUCAUCCUGACACUGCAGACGAGACCAAGGAAGCUGGCAGCGGUUUGGGUUCGCUGGCUGAUGAGCUUGAGUCUGUAGAUGCCAGGGCCGAAACGGACAAUACGCGCAAGCUCGAGUCCGAGGUCAAGGCGCUCAAGGACCAGAACAAGGCCUUGACUCUUUACAUCGAGCGGAUCAUCAGCCGGCUCCUGCAGCAUGACGGGUUCGAGACGAUUCUCGACAAGAACGAGAACGAUCCGCCUGCCAAGCGACUCCCUGCCGGUCACAACAAGGAUCUGCCGCCCACUCCCCUGGAGAAAGAUGACGCCUCAUCACAGACCUUCCUUCAGCGGGCUAAAUCGGUCGUUGGGGGCCAGCCGAACACCAAUGUUCCUCGCCCUCAGACCCAACCUCGGUCACGCCCCACCAGCUACAUGCCACCCCCAACCAGUGUGCCCACUGCUCAUGAGAACCCGGAGACAGCACCUAGCAUUCCUCUGCGCACUCAGUCGAUCCGUGGUCACCGCCGGACAAGGUCCGAGCAAACAGACGUCAAUGUUGCAGCAGUUGUCGGCCAGAUGUACCGGGGCCGUAACUCGGGUGGCCCUAUCAGCCCUACCCUGAUGGGCCCUGGGUCACGCCAGAGCGCCUUCUCCAACGCAAGCUACAUGUCUAGCAUGAGUGCCAGCAACCGCGCGCCUUCUUUGUCAAGCCAGCCCGAGCACAGCCGCUUGAGCAGCUCAGACAGUAUCACGAGCGACCUAGCUGCUGAUACCGCCUCUACUGGCGCUACCUCUAGCUCUCCCCGUUCUAGCAAUGGCAUGACAAACUACACAGGCGCCGUAAUGACGCAGAACAAGCUGCGCCCUCUGCGUCUUGUCAGUGAAACCACUAGACUGGCAGAGGAAGAGGAGGCUGCUCGGAAGAAGGCCAACCGAGGAAGUUGGAUCCCUUGGUUUAACCGUCCCGGGACUAGCAGCGACGCACAGUCGCCCAUCUGA